UACAGAAGGGCGGUGCAAAGCGGCGUGCAACAACAACAGCGGCGGCAGCCCGCCUUGUGCGUUGUGCGUUGUGCGUUGCGUUGCGUGCAGCUUGUGCGCAUGUUUUGGUGUUUGGAUGGUGUAGCGGUGCAGGUUAGAGUCAUUGCAUGGGGUUGAUGUCCAGCUGAAGGAACCAAGCGAGGAUCUAUAAGACAAAAGCGUUCAGAGGGAUUUAGAUCGGAGAUACCCACACGUCAGGUGACACCAUGAGCAAAGUGCAGGGUGGGAUGAAAUGUGUGAAAUAUCUGCUUUUUAUCUUCAACUUCAUCUUCUGGCUGUCAGGCUUGUUGGUGCUGGCUGUGGGACUCUGGCUCAGGUUUGACCCAGAAACAGUGGAGCUCUUGACAGACGAUGGCGCCCCCGACACCUUCUUUAUAGCUGUGUACAUCCUUCUCGGUGCAGGAGGCCUGAUGAUGAUCGUCGGGUUCUUUGGUUGUUUUGGGGCCGUACGUGAGUCUCAGUGUCUCCUUGCGUCGUUCUUCGCUUGCCUUAUGAUAAUCUUUGGUGCAGAGAUUUCUGCUGGUGUGUUUGGAUUCAUAAACAAGGAACAGAUUGUUGAGGAAGUCCAAAAGUUUUACAGUAGCUCCAUUGCUGACACCAAUUCAAACAGCACUGCAAUAGCUCUCAUUUACCACAGAACUUUGAACUGUUGUGGAGGAUCCACGUCCGAGUUGUCUAAUGAGCUGUGUGCAGACACUCCACCUGACACCAAGGACUGUCUGUCUGCAAUAACAGACUUCCUCAAUGAAAAGCUGCAUAUCAUCGGAUACAUUGGGAUUGGUAUCGCAGGUGUAAUGGUCAUAGGAAUGAUCUUCAGUAUGGUGCUGUGUUGUGCCAUCAGGAACAGCAGGGAGGUUAUAUAGAUAUAGUUGAGCGCCCCCUCGUUCCCCUCCUCCAUCCAUCCGCCCCCACCUUCCAGACCACUACAGGCCCACCGAGCCCUUCAUAAUCAACCUGUCUGCAGAGGAAGGGAAACGCCAAAGUUACAUUUCAAUGUCAUUUCUCACAGUCCAGACUGAUCUGGCGGGGAGUUUUCACUGGAUAUCACAAAUAGAGAGAGCACAAUACAUCCCACUCUUCCCAGUUAUCCACGGGCCACACUCAACACGAUACGCUGGAUCAUCAUUAUGUUCACACCUUCACCACUGAAACACCGAUUUCUUUCUCCGCUAUUUUCCAUAACACAAGCUCAGCUUUUGGCAGGACUCUGUGACAUUCCCUGGUUAUAACAUCCUGUCGUUACACUGCCGGCGCUGUUGCUGCUGCUGCACUGUAGCCACAACACAGUACAUGAAGCCUUCUUUGACACACGAAUGUUGUGACUGAGGAGUACGUGCUGUAAAUAUGGACCCCUAUUUUAUGCAUCUGCUGUUAACAUUAUUUAUUCUGUGCCCUUUGUAGUCCUUUUUAUGUCAUUUACAGGCCUAAUGCCAAUCAUACUGUGUGCUUAAAUGUUUUGAGGACUAGCCUACCUUUGCAGAGUAAAUUCUACGUGCCUAUUUAGUCACGCAUCCAGCUACUCUACUAUUUAUCUUUUUCUUGUGAUCUCUGAAGACGUACGUAAAGACUGUGCUUGCUCCCUGCCACCACUCUAAAGUAUUGCUACUUUAAAGCACAAUAGAGGAAAUGUAGACAUGAUAUCAACCCAAAGGGUUAGGAAGGUCUGAUGAUAAACUGACACUCUGUAAAUUUCCAAAUUCAUGUAAAAGGAAACGAAUAACACCACAUCCUGCGCCCUUCUGGAGCAAGUGUGAACUGUAACAGUGAGCUAGUUUGCAUUUUGUGUGAAUUAUUGUGGAUGCAAACCUUGUUGGUGUGCCAAUAAGAUAUGAAUUAUAGAAUAAUAUAGCUUAUGUUGUACUGUUAAACAUAAUAAAAAAAACAUAUUGUGGUGCUUUUAUUGAUAUGUUUGGCUGUUCUCUGUUCCCUGCCUUUGAAGUGUCUGAAUCAUGAUUUUGCUUUUUGGAAGGAGUCAGGAGAAGGUGUCAGAAGACAGCAGAGCAAAACUGUUUCAUGAAUGUAAAUUUUGUGGUUGGUGAGGUUCCUGAACACGUCAGCGCUCCGUGUAGACUCACUGACGAGAAAUGGCAGCCGUGUAGAACGGCACCACCAUGCUAAAAAAUGAAUAGGGCAAGCAAGUUCAGGAAACUAAACCGCAAGUGUGACAUACAUAUAGACCACAAAGGGCCCAGCCACACAGGAUUCUUUUAACAUGCCAUUUGUUUGACAAAUGUGACCUUGUGGUGAGAAUAUUUGUUUUUCAUCGUUUUCUGUUCAAGGUCAAGAAUGAACCUGUAAAGGUCAAAUGUUAAAUUAACUUGAGUAUCAAUAUGCUAUUCUCCAACUGUAAUUUCUACAUAAUUACCUGUAAUCAUUUCUUUUUUUAUACUGCCUACUAAAUCAUUUAAAGCAUGAUACUGACUGGUUUCUUUUCCACUGCACAUUAAACGCUUUUGUUCCUGCCUAAUAUAGGGGCUGCACUGUCAUUAGCUUAGCUUCAGUUUAAGGUAUUAAAGUGUCUGACAAAGCAGCAUAAUUGUUCAAAUAUGUAGAAGAGACAUGUAAUAUAGUUCACAAUGUGUAGAUGUUAAUUAUGACUUCCUCUGUAGUAGUUUAAUAAAAAAUAAAUUAAAAAAACUUUCAUGGAACGUUAGUUAUUUUGUCCAUCCCCUUCAUGUAGAUUGAUAAUAGUUUCCUGAUUCAGUCAGUGAUUCAAACACAGAACGAGUGAAUUGAAGUUUUUUUGGUAAUAUAUAUAUAUAUAUAUAUAUAUAUACACACACACAUGCAGUAUGUACAAAAAGCCAUCACAAACACAUCAAGUAUAGUUACAGUCAUUUUUCACAUGAUCACAGUAACAGUAAUAAUGCUUUUUCUGGUCAAGAGCAUUGUUUUCUUCAGAGAGAGAAAUGCCAGUCAUCUGUGUUAAGGCAUAGACCAAAAAUGAUCUUUUGGGAGAAAUUGUAUUGCAUAAGUGAAUCUCUUAACUGCGGUUAUGUGACAAACACAUAACAUAUAUAAUGUGCAUGAAUGCAUCUCAAGUUUUUGCAAGAUAUUAAGAUACAAAGACUGCGGUUCAUAGAUUACAAAACAACAGUAGGGUUAAUAUCAAGUAUAUAACAGGACGCUGGUAAUGGUUUGGCAACCCGUAUGGUCCCAUGUCAGUAGGAAGGUUCAUGAUCAGUCAAAUUAAACAUGUACACUCACAGUUAUUGAAGAUUUAUGUAAAAAAAAAAAACAUAAAA